AUGUCGCAAUCACCAUCCCCAUACUAUUCCAAUCCACAGAUAAUGAACACGGUCGUUAAUCCCGACACGCCCCCUCCGCCACCGCCCAAACCCAGUAGCCAUGAAGCCAGCCGAGGUGGGACCCCCCAGAACCAGUCGUCCCUGGCAGCCGCACCGCAGAGUCAAGCAGGCUAUUACACGGAAACCCAGCCAGGCGGUGCACCGCCAGCAUCAUACGCAGUGCCUACACUACCCGAACCACCAACAGUCGGGGAGGGCUGGCUCCCCGAGAUCAUAAAGGACAAAUCAACAUUCGACCUACAAACAAUCCUCAAAGACCCCAACCUGAUCUCCGCGCUAUCAAGCCUCCACCCCUCCUCCACCUCCCGCCAGCAAAACCUCGAAUCCCUCAUCGCAGUCAACAAAGAUCUCGCAACGCGCGUCCUAGAAAUGCAGAACCAUCUAGCCGACCUGCGCGCCUCCACCGAAACCAUGCUCCUCACACACCAGUCGCUAGAAGUCUCCUGGCGCAAGAAACAGACCGAGAUGGACGCUGCUUUGGCGCCGUGGUCGCCCAAGGCAUUGUACCAGCGCCUCAGCGCUGCGAUUGCGGAACAGGAAGCUGUGUGUCGGGCUGUGGAGGAGAGUUUCCUUGACGAGGAUCAUCAAGGUCGGGCAUCGGAGAAGGAGAUUGCAGAUUGGGUGCGGCGCGUGCGUGCGGAGGCUGCGAAAUUGGCGGCCCGCAAGGAGGCCAAGGCGCGGUGGGAUGAGGGGAGAGUUGGAGGCUGGCGCUGA